GAAAACCACUUAUCACAAACUUCCAAUGGAGAAAUCCGGGUACGGCCGCGACGGAAUAUUCCGGUCACUCCGGCCACCGUUAACCAUCCCAAAAACCACCAACAAAUCUAUGAUCUCCUUCCUUUUCCGCAACGUUUCAUCCUACCCAAACAAACCCGCCUUAUGCGACUCCGAUUCCGGCGAAUCCCUCACCUUUUCCCAAUUCAAAACCACCGUCGCUAAACUCUCACACGCCUUCAACACCCAACUGGGUAUCACCAAAAACGACGUCGUUCUCAUCUUCGCCCCCAAUUCAAUCCAAUACCCAGUUACAGUGUACUCCAUCAUAGCCCUUGGUGCCAUCGUCACCACAGUUAACCCCCAGUACACUGUUGGAGAGAUAUCCAAACAGAUUAAAGAUUCUAACCCAAAAGUUAUCAUCACCGUUCAAGAUUUGUAUGAAAAAGUCGCAAACUUUGGUCUGCCAGUUGUGUUUUUAGGAUCUGGGGGUGUAAAAAAAGGGUGUUUUUAUGUUAAAGAUUUGAUUUUGACAUCUGGGUCAGUGUCAGAAUUGCCUAAUGUUGAGAUCAGUGGUGAUCAUACAGCAGCUUUGUUGUAUUCUUCUGGGACAACUGGGGUUAGUAAAGGUGUGGUGUUGAGUCAUAUGAAUUUUAUUGCGGUUUCGCAAAUGUUGACUUCUGAUCAGAGGUUAAUGGGUGGGAAAGAUUAUGUGUUCUUGUGUUUGUUGCCUAUGUUUCAUAUAUUUGGGUUUGGGGUUGUGUUGUAUGCUCAGUUGCAAGAGGGGAAUGCUGUUGUGUCAAUGGGGAAGUUUGAUUUUAUUGGGAUGUUGAAGAAUGUUGAGAAGUAUAGGGUGACUCAUUUGUGGGUUGUUCCGCCGGUUUUUCUUGCGUUGGCGAAGCAGGAAGUGGUGAAUAAGUUUGAUUUGUCGUCGUUGAAGCAGCUCGGGUCGGGUGCUGCGCCUUUAGGGAAGGAGUUGAUGGAGGAGUGUGCUAAGAAACUGCCUCAUGUUGUGGCUCUUCAGGGAUACGGUAUGACUGAAACGACGGGGGUGAUUUCAGUGGAAAGUCCAAUUAUGGGUCCACGACACUCGGGUUCAGCCGGAAGGCUUAUCCCAGGAGUCGAGGCCCAAAUAGUUAGUGUAGAUACCGGUAAGCCUCUUGGUCCUAAUCAGACAGGUGAAAUAUGGGUUCGAGGAGCCAAUAUGAUGCAAGGUUAUUUCAACAAUCCUCAAGCUACAAAGCUUACAAUAGACAAACAGCGCUUCGUGCAUACCGGGGAUCUUGGAUAUUUUGAUGACGAGGGUCAACUAUAUGUUGUUGACCGAAUCAAAGAGCUCAUUAAGUACAAAGGUUUUCAGGUUGCACCAGCAGAGCUUGAAGGACUGUUGCUUUCGCAUUCCGAAAUAUUAGAUGCUGCAGUAAUCCCGUUCCCUGAUGCUGAAGCUGGCGAAGUCCCGAUCGCAUUUGUGGUCCGGUCUCCAAACAGUUCGUUGACCGAAGAAGAUGUUAAGAAGUUUAUUUCCGAGCAGGUUGCACCUUAUAAAAGAUUAAAGCGGGUGACGUUUGUGAACAGCGUCCCAAAGUCCGCUUCAGGGAAACUUCUCAGGCGUGAACUUAUCGAAAGGGUCCGUUCGAAAAUGUAACCCUUUUAUGUAUGAUGAAUUUGAUAUUUCUAGUUUUUAUGUAGUUCAAGUUAAUGAAACUAAUAUAUCAAGAAAACUGAAAUAAUCAACAAUUCAUAAUUUUGUUCUUGAAUAGUUUUGUUUUAUGUAAUGAAUUAUAGUUAAAUUAA